AUAAAAAGAAACGGGUAAAGUUUUUUGUUUUUGUUUUUUCAAAAGCACAAAAAAAGAAAGGAAGAAAGGAAGGAAUAAAUAAGAUCGUCAAGGAAGGGUAAGUGGUCGUCGUCAAAAAAUCAAAUUGAGUGAUGAGGUUCCAACUCCGAAGACAGGACACAAGAAGGGAGAUGCAAUGGAAGGCAAUGGAAAACUAAGAAGGGCAAGCGAGAUCGAGAUCCUCCAAAAUCAAUGGCUGCAUGGGUUCUCUCCCAUAUUCCCAUUCUGCUUUGCCUCAUACUAAUAAUCCCCCAAUCUGAAGAAACUCGAUCCAUCCGCCGUACUGAGUGUCAUGGUCGGUGGAUUCACAUCCGUUCCCUGCCGCCGCGCUUCAACACGGAGCUUCUGGAGAGCUGCAACGCCUUCCCCCUAAUGGACGAACCCCUCUGCCCUUACGCAGCCAACCACGGUCUCGGACCUCGCACCCACAACCGCAGCCGCAGUUGGUACCGCACCGACCCCCGGCUACUGGAGCCACUGAUUCACCGGCGUCUUCUCGAGCACCCGUGCCUCACCCCCGACCCCCUCCUCGCCGACGCCAUCUACCUCCCCUACUAUGCCUCCCUCGACGCCCUCCCUUUCCUCUACUCCCCUCCCUUGUUCAACUCCUCCGCUCUUCACGCUCUUCCCCUCCAUCACCACCUCCUCUCUAACCAACCCCACGUCUACUCGCGCCGCCAUGGCCACGACCACUUCCUCGUUCUUGCUGGUCCCGCCUGGGACUUCUCCCAGGCCCCUGACGCUGACCCUGUCCUCUGGGGCACCUCCUUCCUCUCCCGCUCCGAGUUCUUCAACCUCACCGUUCUCGCCCUCGAGUCCCGCCCCUCCCCUUGGCAGGAGCACGCCAUCCCCCACCCCACCUCCUUCCACCCUGCCACGCUCGCCCGCCUCGACGCCUGGCUCGCCCGUGCCCGUCGCUCCCGCCGCAACACUCUCAUGCUUUUCGCCGGCGGAGGCGGAGGCGGGGGUGCCAACAUUCGCGGCAGCAUCCGCGCUGAGUGCGAGAAUCGAACCGAUCUUUGCCAGAUGGUGGACUGCUCCGAUGGGGUCUGCUCUCAUGAUCCGAUCAGGUUCAUGCGGCCCAUGCUCCGCUCAAGCUUCUGCCUCCAGCCGCCCGGUGACACCCCGACCCGGCGGUCCACGUUCGACGGGAUCCUGGCGGGUUGUAUCCCGGUAUUCUUCGAGGAGAUCUCAGCGAGGAAGCAGUAUGGGUGGCAUUUGCCCGAGGAUCAGUACGAGGACUUCUCCGUUUAUAUACCCAAAGAGGAUGUGGUCUUCGGAGGGGUGCGGAUCACGGAGGUGCUGGCUGCCAUCCCGGAGGCGGAUGUCAGGACGAUGAGAGAGCGGGUCUUGGAACUCGCUCCCGGCGUCAUGUACCGGCGCCAUGGGAGUUCCGCGGGCCUCAGAUCGAUCAAGGAUGCUGUCGAUCUCGCCAUAGAUGGGGUGCUCCGGAGGAUCCGGCGAAAGGUGAGGCCUCUCGGGAGUCCUGAACUCAUCACGGUGGACGACGAAGAGGACGCUGCUGGAUAGAAUGGACGGCUGAGAUUGAUUGGGUGGUGACGUUUGUUCUCUCUGCAACUUUGUUUUUUCACUUCUCUUUUAUUAAGUCUUGGGUUAGAAAAAAAAAAGUACUGAGAAGCCUGUUUCGAAUAAAUCUCCGGACAAUGAUAUAUAUAUAUAUAUAUAUUGAUAUCUACUUGCUUUUA